AUGAAGGAAACUGUUUCAUUCUGCGCAUUUAAGAGGAAACCUUCUUCAUUCAACGCAGGAAAUCUCGUUCAUUUUGUGCAUUUAGGUUAUUCCACUUGUAUCUAUCUAUCUAUCUAUCUAUCUAUCUAUCUAUCUAUCUAUCUCAGUGUGUUCAUAUCUAUCUAUCUAUCUAUCUAUCUAUCUAUCUAUCUAUCUAUCUAUCUGUGUUUAUAUCUAUCUAUCUAUCUAUCUAUCUAUCUAUCUAUCAAAGUGUGUUUAUAUCUAUCUAUCUAUCUAUCUAAGUGUGUUUCCAUCUAUCUAUCUAUCUAUCUAAGUGUGUUUCUAUUUAUCUAUCUAUCUAUUAUAUUAUCAUCUAUCUCUAUCUAUCUAUCUAUCUAUCUAUCUAUCUAUCUAUCUAUCUAUCUGUCCAUUAACACAGGCGACAAACGGCGCCACCAGUUCGGUAUUGACAACGUCUGUUCAUAUCUAUCACUCCCUCACUCUAUCUAUCUAUCUAUCUAUCUAUCUAUCUAUCUAUCUAUCUAUCUAUCUAUCUCUAAGUGUGUUUAUAUCUAUCUAUCUAUCUAUGUUAAUUUCCACCGCAAUUUUCCAAACAGCAUCCUCGCUCCACUGAUUUUCGGCGUGUCGUCGUUGAUAACAACAGCUUCACGCAGGGUUAAUAUGCUGACUCAUCUCGGGCCAUACGGCGAGAUACUCCAAGCCCUCCUCUUACAACCACCACCACCACCACCACCACUGUCCUGUCCUCUGCAAUCAACACAGCGGGGACACCCUCCAGCAUCCGCCAGAAAUUCAUCGUCUCAUCAUCAUUGGCUAUUAUCGCAGAUUCGUCAUGGAAGCCAUGAAAUAAUAAUCGCCAAACCAGUUACCAUUUUCUGCAAAGCUCCAGCCUCUCCCCCGACGCCAUUCUCCAGCCAUCACUACUACUACCGUCUUUAUCGGUAUUAG